AUGGAGUCACAACCGUCCGCAACCCCAGAAAAGCCGCCUAAACAGGCCUGCGAUAAUUGCCGUCGACGAAAAAUCAAGUGUUCGAGGGAGCUUCCUUGCGACAAGUGCCAACGUCUUUUACUCUCUUGCUCCUACAGCGACGUGCUCCGUCGCAAGGGCCCCAAGUUCCGCACUCUCUACCCUCUCGCUCCCAUCCACCCACUGGCAUCACGACCGCGUCCCCUCACCAAGGAAUGGCUGCCCCCAGACCGAGGGGCGUGCCAUUUGGCGUCUCCGACGUCUCCGCCGUUCACCGUAGCGGACGCCCAGUAUCCACAUCCUGACUUCUCGGAGUCGUUCACUCGACUCCCACCCCCAGAUCUCGUCUCGUCUCCCGAUUCAACCAACUCGUUAUUCGACUCAUCUACUAUCGGCGCCCUCCCCGCGCCACGUCGUCUGUCGGCACCAAUCCUUCUAGCCCAUGUCAAUGUCUUCUUCAAGUACCUGUUCCCGAUCAUGCCCAUCGUGAGACAGGACCAACUGCAGCAGGACUGCCACCAGCCGGAGCGCUUGUCUCCCCAACGAUAUGCUUUCAUUGCCGCUCUAUGCGCGGCCACGCACAUCCAACUAAAGCUGGACGGUGCAACGCCGGGCCCCGACUCGGCUUCCGCGCAAGCCAGCCUCGAUGGACACCCCAUGUUGUCCGGAGAAGAACUCCUGGCCGAAGCCUUGCGGGCCAGAAAGGAAUACAACGUGGUCGACGAAAUCAACAUGGAAAACCUCCUAACCUCCUUCUUCCUCUUCGCCGCCUACGGAAAUCUAGACAGACAGGACCAGGCCUGGUUCUACCUGUGCCAAACCACGUCCAUGGUCUUCACACUAGGCCUGCAACGUGAAUCCACAUACUCGAAACUAAGCGUGGAAGAAGCAGAAGAGAAAAGAAGAGUGUUCUGGCUCUUAUUCGUCACAGAAAGAGGCUACGCGUUACAACAAGCAAAACCAGUCAUGCUCCGCAACUCCAUCCACAAACCACAGGUCCUCUGUUCAGACGACCCAAUCCUAGCCUACGGCUUCAUCAACCUCAUCAACGUAUUCGAAAAGCUCAGUCCAAAUCUCUACGACUGGGUCUCCGCCGGCGGCAGCAGCAGCGCAGACGGCGACCCCCCGCCUACGUCGUCCAUCCAAUCCAGCCUUGCUAAGCAAAUCUCCCUCGAAGGCGUCUCCGAAAUCCAAAAAGUAGACAUCCUCAUCACCCAGCAAUGGCUACAAACCAUGAUGUGGAAACUCUCCAUGACCCACGCAACCCAGCCCGUCUCCCGCGAUGACGCCGUUCUCCCCUUCCACUUGCCCGUGCUAGUCGGCAAGGCCGUCAUGAGCGUCAUCGCCGCGGCAUCCCAAGGCGCCGUUGACGCCCACGGCAUCGGAAUGGUAAGUCGCACUCACUCCACCCCCAUAACACCUCUAUCCAUCCCUCACCCACCCACCAAACCCCCGAAACUUAACUCCCCCCACCAGGAACAAAAACUCUACGACCUAGGCACCUCAGUAGCAGACGUGUCCCGCUCCCUAAGCACAAAAGCCGCACACCACCUGGCCGAAUCCACCAUCGACCCCCGCGAACUCCUCUGGGGCAUUCUCACAACCCUAUCCCGCAUCCGCGGAUCCCAAUCGUACCUCUUCCCCGCUCUCGUGGAACAAAGUCGCGGAAUCCUCAGUUUCGAUUGUUCGCUUUCCAUCAGCGACUUUCUGCCUUCGUUUGGUGGUCCGCCGUCUGCGGGGUCGAUCUCGUGGCGGGCGGAUGAAUCUAGGUUUGGCUUAAUAGCGGUUUCGGAUAAUUUGCAGGAACGGGGGGAGAAUGAGGCGGGGGAGAGGAUUGUGGCGCCGGCUGGGUCGGAGAUCUCCUUUUGA